AUGAGGUUUUCUGCGCUGUCGCGUGUGGCGAUCGCGCUUGCGGCGCUCGGCGCGGCGGGCGUCGGCGCGAAGAAGAUGAUGCCGAUGCACAAGCUGCGAGAGCACCAGGAGCGCGCUGCGAGCAAGUGGGCCGCGAGUGUCCAGCCCCGCGCGGACGCGCUCGCAGGCGGCCCGGGCACGGUCAAGAACAUCACCUUUUCCAACCCGAAGGCAUCAGAGUUCUGGGUGAACGGGUCGAACAUCCCGUCUGUGGAUUGGGACAUCGGUCCGAGCUGGGCAGGCUUGCUCCCGAUCAGCAACAAGACGGACGAGACGCGGCAGUUGUUCUUCUGGUUCUUCCCUCCUGGCCCGCAAGGAAGUCUUGAUGAUCUCGUGAUGUGGAUCAACGGAGGCCCCGGAUGCUCGUCCAUGGAGGGUGUCUUGCAGGAGAACGGGCCGUUCCAAUGGUCUCACGGACAGGCGAAGCCGACGCCGAACGACUAUAGCUGGACCAACCUGUCUAGUAUCAUAUACAUUGAUCAGCCGGUCGGGGCAGGCUUCUCUCAGGGCACGCCGGACAUCGAGGAUGAAGACCAGUUGGCGGAGCAGCUCGUUGGCUUCCUGCAGCAAUUCCUUGAGGUGUUCUCGGAACUUAAGGGCAAGAACUUCUACACUACCGGGGAGAGCUACGCAGGAACCUACAUUCCUUACAUCGCCAACUACAUCUACGAGAAUCCGAACGCUCUUGACCUCGACCUCAAGGGCUUCUGGAUCUCCGACCCCUCGCUCUCCUGGGACGUCGUCCAGGAGCAGAUCCCCGCCGUGAGCUUCGUGCACAAGUACGAGCACGUCUUCGCGUUCAACCAGACGUUCCUCGCGUCGCUCGACGCCGCCGCCGCCUCCUGCAACUAUGCGGACUACAUGGACAAGCACGUCACGUACCCGCCCACGGGCCUGCUGCCCCUCCCCGGCGCGAGCGUCGAGGCGGACCCCGGGUGCGACGUGUGGGACGCGAUCUUCGAGGCGGCCCUCGAGGUCAACCCUGCGUUCAACAUCUACCGGAUCUUCGACACGUGGCCGAUCUUGUGGGACGUGCUCGGCUUCCCGGGGUCCUUCCCGGAGACGCAGGUCGCGCCGCUCUACUUCGACCGCGCGGACGUGAAGGCGGCGAUACACGCGCCGGCGGACGUCGACUGGGCGGAGUGCUCGGACGUGGACGUCUUCCCGGACGGCGAUAACAGCUUGCCGCCGGUGUUUAGUGUGCUCCCGAACGUGAUCGAGAAGAGCGAGCGCGCGGUGAUCGUGCAUGGACUUGCGGACUUUGUGCUGAUCAGUGAGGGGACAAGGAUUGCGCUGCAGAAUAUGACCUGGAACGGCAUGCAGGGCUUCCAGACGCCGAUCGCGAACGACAGCUUCAUCGUCGACGGCGUCGGCUCCCUCGGCACAGCUCACUACGAGCGCGGUCUAGCCUACUUCGAGGUCGAGCUCAGUGGGCAUAUGGUGCCCGAGUUCUCUCCCGUGGCUGCGUACCAAAUCAUGGAGUAUCUGAUGGGAUUCCGCGCGAACCCGUCGUUCACGGCGCAGGAGAGCGAUGUCGCGAGGAGAGCGGAGCUGUAG